UUGCACGACAUCGUCUUUCUGCCUUCUAUCUGAUUUAAUUUUCUCACAGUUAGACAAAUAAUAACAUGCCACAUCAGCUUUCCGCGGAUAGCCUACGGGUAACUGGACAGUGCCCCGUCCGACUAAAUCUCCGCCGUCAAUGGCGUCCUACGUCAGGCCACCGUCGCUCCUCCGACCGCUCUCUGCACCCUGGCCACUCUGCCGCCUCAGCUUGCCGCCAGGAGGCCGAGAUCACCUCAUCUUCAGAGCUCACUUUCCAACUUCCACGCACUCACUUCACAGUACGGAGAGAAUCCUCCGUCAUCCACUAGCUAACUCCACCGCAGAUCAACGACGGCGAUGUUUAGACAGUUCGGUGAAGGUUCGUGCACAAUCACAGAUGAGGCUUCCCAUCGUCUCCUCCGACGACCAGUGGGGGACUUGGACGGCUCUGUUAGGAAUUGGCGCUUUUGGUCUCUGGUCCGAAAAGACGAAGCUCGGGAGCAUGGUGAGUGCUGCCCUUGUGAGCACUUUGGUUGGUCUUGCUGCUAGCAAUUUGGGAAUUAUUCCCUGCGAAGCUCCUGCUUAUGCCGUUGUCUUGCAGUUCCUACUUCCAUUGACUAUUCCGCUCCUGUUAUUUAGAGCAGACUUGCGCAGCGUGAUUAGGUUGACUGGGGGCUUGCUCUUGGCAUUUCUCCUCGGGUCAGUGGCAACUAUUGUUGGGACGAUUGUGGCAUUUUUCAUAGUGCCAAUGAGAUCACUUGGCCAAGACAAUUGGAAAAUUGCUGCUGCUCUCAUGGGAAGCUAUAUCGGUGGAUCUGUUAAUUAUGUGGCGAUCUCUGAGGCGCUUGGUGUUACUCCAUCAGUAUUGGCUGCUGGAGUUGCUGCAGACAAUGUGAUAUGCGCUAUAUAUUUCAUGUUGCUCUUCGCAUGUGCCUCAAGAAUACCCGCUGAGCCCUCGAUGUCACCUUGUGAUGAUCCAAUGGCUCUGCAAUCAGAUUCUGCUUCAAAACUCUCGGCCCCACAAAUCGCUAUGGCUCUUGCAGCAUCCUUUGCUAUUUGUAAGACAGCCACUCACCUCACAGAGUUGUUUGGUAUUCGAGGAGGAAACCUUCCAGCGACAACAGCUAUGGUGGUUGUCCUAGCUACCGUUCUCCCUUCGCAAUUUGGUCAUCUUGCUCAUGCUGGGGAUGCUAUUUCUCUGGUCCUGAUGCAGGUCUUUUUCGCCGUUGUGGGUGCAAGUGGCAGCAUAUGGAAUGUCAUCAACACGACUCCUAGCAUAUUUGCAUUCGCUCUGAUCCAAGUCAGUGUUCAUCUACUUGUGAUCCUAGGAUUUGGGAAACUAUUCCGGUUCGAUCUCAGGCUUCUACUUUUGGCGUCAAAUGCUAAUAUUGGUGGCCCCACGACAGCAUGCGGAAUGGCCACUGCCAAGGGAUGGCACUCAUUGGUCAUUCCUGCGAUACUUGCCGGCAUUCUGGGAGUUUCCAUCGCGACUUUUCUUGGUAUCGGUCUAGGACUCGCAGUUCUUAGAUAUAUGUAGAAGCCACUGCCUCCUACAGUCCUACAUACAGAUCUCAAUACUGUGUAAAUUGAUACGGUAUUUGCAGUUCUUACCUUACGAUCAAAUGGUUUGAACUUCGUUCGAUAAUUUUUGUUAGUCCUUCUGACGUAUUAAACCAGAGAAAGAAUCCCUUUUGCAGCGACA